CGGCGCCCGGGACAGUCGGGAACCGCGCCCGCAGCCGCCGGCCGCGCGGCCGGACGAGGGGACGAUGGAGCUGGAGCCCGAGCUGCUGCUGCAGGAGGCCCGCGAGAGCGUGGAGGCGGCGCAGAGCUACCGGCGGGAGCUAGGCCAGAGGCUGCAGGGGCUGCGGGAGGCGCGGAGGCAGAUCAAAGAGAGUGCAUCCCAGACAAGAGAUGUCCUCAAACAGCAUUUUAAUGAUUUAAAAGGAACCCUUGGGAAGCUCCUGGAUGAGCGAUUGGUGACCCUUUUGCAAGAGGUGGACACCAUUGAACAGGAGACCAUUAAACCACUAGAUGACUGCCAGAAGCUGAUAGAGCACGGAGUUAACACUGCAGCGGACUUAGUCCAAGAAGGUGAGAUCGCCAUUCUGGGUGGUGUAGGAGAACAGAAUGAAAAACUGUGGAGCUUUACCAAAAAGGCCUCACACAUCCAGUUGGACAGCUUACCAGAGGUGCCUUUACUGGUUGAUGUGCCUUGCUUAUCUGCUCAGUUGGACGACUCAAUUCUUAACAUAGUGAAAGACCAUAUUUUCAAGCACGGAACGGUAGCAUCUCGCCCACCAGUACAGAUAGAAGAAUUGAUAGAGAAACCCGGAGGCAUCAUCGUGCGAUGGUGUAAGGUGGAUGACGACUUUACCGCCCAAGAUUACAGGCUCCAGUUCCGUAAAUGUACUUCCAGUCAUUUUGAGGACGCGUAUGUAGGCUCUGAAACUGAAUUCAUAGUAUUGCACAUAGACCCCAAUGUUGAUUAUCAGUUCAGAGUCUGCGCCCGAGGAGAUGGCCGACAGGAGUGGAGUCCUUGGAGUGUCCCCCAGAUAGGUCAUUCCACGCUGGUGCCUCAUGAGUGGACAGCUGGCUUUGAGGGGUACAGUCUGAGCAGUCGAAGAAACAUAGCGCUUCGGAAUGAUGCUGAAUCGUCCGGUGUUCUCUACUCCAGCGCUCCCACUUACUUCUGUGGGCAGACAUUAACAUUCAGAGUUGAAACUGUGGGACAGCCAGACAGAAGAGACAGUAUAGGAGUGUGUGCAGAAAAACAGAACGGAUAUGACUCCCUGCAGCGGGAUCAAGCAGUUUGCAUUAGUACAAAUGGUGCAGUUUUUGUAAAUGGAAAAGAAAUGACUAAUCAGUUGCCCGCAGUUACUUCUGGGUCCACUGUCACAUUUGACAUUGAAGCUGUGACUCUAGGAUCCAGCAAUAAUAACGAAGGCGGAAACAUCAAGCUUCGAGUAACUAUUAGCUCAAAUAACAGAGAAGUGGUGUUUGAUUGGUUGCUCGAUCAGUCUUGUGGUUCUCUUUACUUUGGAUGCUCGUUUUUCUAUCCUGGGUGGAAAGUGCUGGUAUUCUAGAUUUUCAGAUGAUUGGCUUUGGGUUUGCAGGGGUUUCACAUAGCUUUCCUCAGCCCAGUUCAGUUGUCAUUGGUUUAAAAAAUCGUUAGAUUCAUCUCUCAGUUAAGUCAUUGGAAACAGAAAUUAUUUACUGGAUUUAUUUUCCAGUAUCUUAGCAAUAAGAGGCGUGAAUAUUGUGGACAAAACAGUAAUGCAGUCCAUUUUAUUUUUAGCAUAGUGUUAAUUGGAAUAUCACAUCACGAUAAAAAUCAAAUUGGCUUUUAAAA